AUGAUCGCAUCCCAGGCAGCAAUUCUGGCAGCCCACAAGUUUCAAGCCGUGUACGAAGCGAUAACGUACCAAAUGUUGAUAGCAAACCAGGGAAUUGCCGGUAUGGUCUCCAUGGCAGGCAUUCUGCCCGUCGUCCUUGCCAUGUGGUGUCUGCAAAAGUGGCACCGCAACUCCCCGUGGAUCUUCUUCCUCUCCUGUGCGGCGUUCGUCUUGUCCGAAGUGGCACUGUAUCUUGUCCCUCUGCCACAGAUAAAGGACCUCGACGAGGUCAAUCGCAGCGAUUGGCCCGAGAGCUGCGGCGGGUUCCCGCCGCCCCUAGUUUACUGCAUCGAUCCAUCUACUGGGGGGCAAGCCCUCUCUCCACAGCGGUUCUUCCGUUCUAUUUUAAACCCAAUCUGCUCCCUAAUAUGGUUCAUUAUUGUCAUUAAAUGGAUAUGGUCAUACGUACAUGAUGGGAGCAAAUCACCCGCGCGUCGUGGGACGCUGCGUGCUCUUAUCCAGCCCCUGAAAGCCUACGACUGGCUGCAGCGCUUUCGCCAGUCGAAAUGGGGACUCCGGAUUGGGCGCGUUUUCCCAGCAUUUACUGUCAUCGUUGAAGUGCUCUUCAUCCUGGAUGUAUGUGUCGACGCCAACUGUUUUUGGUUCAUCCGCACUAUGAAUAUUAUUGAUUUCGGUCACUGGUCUUUCGGUCAGCUUGUCGCUAUUACGGUCUGGCUUCCAGUGAUUAGCAAAUACUUUCUUCUUAUGGGCGGCAUUUCAUCUUACUCCCGCUCGCGGUUCCCCAAAGGCUACAGGAUCGUCAAAGAGCGCACCACUGAUACCGAAAAUGAUGUCUCCCAGUCGGCGCACCUUCCAGUCUCAUAA